AUGUGUAGAGGAGUAUCAGAUGAGCAUGGGAGGAUGUUAUCGUUCGUCUUGUCACUAGCAUUUUAUUCAUUGAUUGCCAGCAUAAAUGUGCAAGACGUGGCUGCUUCCGAAUACGACAUCGAUUAUUCAGAUAAGGAUGCACGUCUCCUCGUACGUCUUUCAGCGAGUGCAUAUGCGGCCGAUCCACGAAUCUGCAUCAAAAAAUUGCUGCCUUCAAACGAAAGCUGGACUGUCAUCAACGCUAAGGGCUUCAAAAAAUUCUUUUUACGCAUUCUAUUCAUGCCUAAAUGCUAUCGCAUUGUAUUGUCAGAUGAACAAUUUCGACAAGAAGUUGAGCAAUGGAUGGGCCCUGAUGUAAACUGGAACAACUAUGGAAACGUGGGACAACUUUUCAUUUCUGCUCUCAAUAAAACUUGGGUGGCUGUUCAACCGACCCUAUUGAAUCCACCAACAAGCGACUAUAAGGUCACAUUCACUGGCUACUCGCUUGGAGGUGCGAUUGCAGCCUUAUCGGCAAUGUUGACCUUCGAAGAAAAACUCAGAUCACCAGAAAAGGUAGGUGCACUUUGCUAUGCUUUUCAUAUAUCUGAGUAA